GUUCCCAGGCCCAGUAUGAACGCCGGACUUCAAUUCCCACAAUGCCUUGGCAAGGACCCCUAACUCUAGCCAGAGCAACCGUGAGAUGGCCGCCAUCUUGCGUACGGACUUGAGGCUUGCUGCUUGGUCUUAAGGACCCGAUUUGUCGAGGUCCGGUGUCUCUGCCUCGAGGGACGUUUCUUUCAGUUUCUCGGAGGUUCGCGUCUUUCUAACGUAGGAUUCAUUUGGAGGCAAAGGUCAAUGCAGAGCUGUAGAGUAAGAUGCCUUAUGGUGAAAUUAAAGCUAAAUCCUUGGGACGCGGGGAAGAAAUAACAAGUGAACCAUGUUAUAAAAAAUUUAAGUCAACUGACAAGGCUUAUGUUUUUCCCCAUCAUGGUAAUGCUAAUUUUCACAAAAUCCAAGAGAAAACUGGAAGACAUAGUUAUACUCAACAGGAUAAAACCAAAACUACAAACUUGCUCAAACCUGUUCACAAUGAGAAGCCUGGUAAUAGGCCAGGUGUUAUUGGAUCCACUGAUUCACAAGUUUUAAAGCGUACAAAUCCUACACUGGUAUCCAAGGAUGAUGAGAUAUACAGCACAAGUAAAGCAUUUAUAGGACCCAUUUACAAACCCCCUGAGAAGAAAAAUUGUAAUGAAAAGAGGAAUCAAGCAGACACUGUCAAUGGUGUUGAUGGCAAAGGAAGACAAGAAAAGAAACAGAAAUUUAACUUAAAGAAAUCAGAGAUUGACGAUGAAUUAUUUCAGUUUUACAAAGAAAUUGAAGAGCUUGAAAAUGAAAAAGAUGAUACAGAAGGUGUUUGUAAGGAAUCUGAACCCUCUAAGGAUGAAUUUAUUCCAUAUUAUCAGGACUAUAAUAACGACCUCUCAAAGUCUGAAGAAGAGAAGAAAAGAGACCUUAGUAAUGCUCUUCAGUCACACUGUGAUUAUCAACAGUAUGUAGGGAAUGAACCAGACAAAUAUCUUUGUAAUGAACAAGUAAAACCUACAUUUGGUGACAUUUCGUUUACUUCUUUCAGGCCUGAAUGGCCACCAGUGCAUUCUUUUUCAGAACCCCAAGGCUCUCCUGAUCCCAGUUUUGACUAUCAUUUCAGUGUUCAAAGAGUCAGUACUCCACCAAAUCCACCAUCAAAUACUUUUCAUCCUCACAAUGGCUCUCUUAUACAAAAUGGAUAUUAUGUUAAUAGCUGUAAUGUUAACUGGAAUUGUUUGACUUUUGAUCAAAACAAAGAAUAUACUGACUGUAGUGAGAGUAGAAAUGGCUAUAGUGUUCAAAGUGGCUGUGUUGGUAAUGGUUUCUAUGAAACCGGUGAAGGAUGCUGGAAAGACCCUUCUAUGGACAAGCAUAAUAGACCAGACAGGUUUAUGAACCAACCAUUUCAAGAGGAAAAAAAUAAAUUGCAGAAGUUACUUAUUUUAUUAAGAGGCUUGCCUGGUUCUGGGAAAACGACAUUAUCUCGAAUUCUGCUUGGUCAGAGUCGUGAUGGCAUUGUGUUCAGCACUGAUGACUAUUUUCUCCAUCAAGAUGGGUACAGGUAUAAUGUUAAUCAACUUGGUGAUGCUCAUGACUGGAACCAGAACAGAGCAAAACAGGCCAUCAAUCAGGGGCGCUCUCCAGUUAUAAUAGACAACACUAAUACACAAGCUUGGGAAAUGAAACCAUAUGUGGAAAUGGCCAUAGGAAAAGGAUACAGUGUAGAGUUUCAUGAACCUGAAACUUGGUGGAAAUUUGAUCCUGAAGAAUUAGAAAAGAGGAAUAAACAUGGUGUGUCUCGAAAGAAGAUUGCUCAGAUGUUGGAUCGUUACGAAUAUCAAAUGUCCAUCUCUAUUGUAAUGAAUUCAGUGGAACCGACACACAAAAGCACACAAAGUCUUUCUCCUUCACAGGGGAGCCAGGAGAAAAACCUCAGCCAAUUAUAUGAUAUUUGUUAAAAAAUCAUUAUCAUCCUUCAUUUGUUUUGUGAGCUAUUUCAUGGCCAUUAAACUUUCUCCCUGAUAAGCCAAUCCUGAGUCCUAUAAUCUUUAUUUGUUGUUUUAAAAUCUGCUGUUAUUUUUAACUUUUCUUAAAUGUUUUCCCAAAACUAAACAGAGUACUCUCAAUGCAUCACAUUUAGUGAGAUAGAAAUAUGAUUUCUAAUGUACCGUUCAAUGCUGUUUAUAUUUUAAUGGAUAGUACCUUUAUCUUGUUUAGCAUAUAUAUGUAUGUGUAUAUUUGUUCAUCCUUACUAAAUAGGAUAUAGUAGGAGUAUGCUAAUUUAGAUUUUGUGUAUAACUGUUAUACACACUCAUUUAUUGAGUAUUUUCAUAUGCUUUUGUUUCAGAGUGAUACUUGGUAUUAGGGCUUGUUUCCCAGUAUUUUAUUAUGUAAAUUAGCAUGUUUUGAAAAUAGUACAGAAGGAUUUAAUUUUGGGAAAGGUAAAACAAUUGUUAGAUAUACUAUGUGUCCCCUUUUCCUCUUUUUAUAAGACUGUUUAGUUGCUUUUCUAUAAGCAUGGUCUAAAAAUUACUGUUCCUUUUUUGAUAAGCGAAUUUUUCAUUUGUUUUUAUUAGAAUCCUGUUAGUAAAACUACUUGUGUGAUAAUUAAAUUAAACUUUUGCUAUUACUUUCUCUUUAAAUUGAUAAUUUUCAUUUUCAUUGUUCACUGGUCCAAGAGGAUAUGUUAGCUUUUUCUUAUUUUAUAUCUGCUUCAAAGUAAGAUUGUUUACUAAAGGUUGGAUUGUAUUUUGUUGUUGGAAUGAUAAGGUGGCUAUAAGUAUUUUACAUUUGCUUAUGUUAUCUGAUAUAGUGGAAUUUUCCAAUUUUAUUUAUAGAUUAAAAUUAAAAAGAGUUGGUGAUUACAAAGGAUAUGAAAUAUUUGUUUUGCCAUACUUGAUUUUGUUAGGGCAGAAGUAUCUGAUUAUCUGAGCCUGAUUUUCUAAGUAUUUAUAAAGAAAUUCAGUGGCGGUCUCUUUGAGAAAUGUUGAAGAAAUGUGGUUGUUAAUGUAUUCGUAUCUUGAACAAUAGGUUUGCUUGUCUUUAUUGAACUUUUAUGUAAUAUUCUAAAAUGAAUGCAGUAACUGAAAAUUAUCAGGGCUAACGUUUUUUGUUUUGUUAUGUUUUAACAUUUGUAACCCAUAUAAAUAGAGUAAUUCUUAGUUUAUAGAAUCAUAACAAAUUAUUACUUAGUUUUUUUACUAUGACCAUUCACAACAAAUAUUUAGUAGCAGCAAAAGGCAUAGAUUUAGUGGUAUCAUCUUUGGUAAUGAUUUCCGUUCUCUUAACAAUUAAAUAAAUUGGCAUACCAACUUUUUUUUUUAAAGAUUUAUUUAUUUAUGCAUAGAAGAACUGGGAUACAGGCCAGAGGUGUGGGGGCGUGAGAGGACCCACCAGAGACAGUGGGGAACAGAAGAGGCAAACUGACUGAAAUACACUGCUGAAGGGAGCAGUGGGCAAGUCAGGAGAGGUCUGCUGUGCCAUGUGGGUAGCUCCCUGGCCAGGGAUCGAACUUGCACAGUAGCUGUGGACAGUUCCAUAGGUUGCGUCUUAACCCCUUGCGCCACCAGGGAGGCCCAGCAUACCAUCUUUUUGCCCUACAAUACUGCAGAAGAAUUCCCUGACAACCUGAGAAAAAUUCUACAAGUAUUUUUCCUAACCAUAAAGUGAUUCAACAGAAAGAUCAGUCAUUUUUCAUAAACCUUCUUCAAAAGUACUUUGAUUCUAAGUGUAAUUUAAAAAAAAAGUCAAGUGCUCAAAUAUCUUUUCAGUUUGAACACAGUAUCCUUUUUCGGCAAUGAAGAAUAGUUGGUACUGAUGCAUGUCUUCAUAUAACAGUUCUCUAUUUGAAAAAUAGUAUAUAUUCAGUUAUUGCCUUUUUCAGGUUAAGUAAUCUCAAUUUUAGCUUUUCCAUAGUUAUUUUCUGCCCUACUUAGGACACUACUCAAAAUGCUGCAACAUGAUUUUACUGGAAGGAAGAUAAAUAUGAGUG